CCCAAGAUUCUGAGCUCCUCUAGAGAAGCAAUAGCAUCUUGAAUCUGCUUUAUCCCUAUCACUUUUCUUUCCACAUAAGCAUGUGAAACUCUUGUCAGGGAUGAGCAGCCACUAGAGCUAUGCCUGCCUGACACUGUACAAGUAGAGAUAGCUAUUAGAGUCCACCAUCUUAUCAUGUAGUAAUUAUCUGAAGAAUAGUUUAUUAAAAUGUACAUGAAGUUCUAAUGACACUUGGAACUAUACGUUGAGAUUUAAUGCAGUGUGGCAUAGGGAUACCUUGGAAAUAAAGGCAGAACUAAUCAUGGUUCUGUGAGAAAUGUCAUAGCCUCAUAACUCAGGUCCUGCUCUGCUGAGGAAUUGCCUGGAACCAGAAAGGUCUUGUUGUUAAAAUUAAAUUUGUGAACAAAUGUGCCAUGUUAAAGUGAUUAAAUAUAUGUAUCAAGGAAGAAAUAGAGAAUUACAGUGGAAAAGAGAAAUCAUUGUAAAUUGGAACAUUGUAGCAUCACUGAAGACCUUACUUUCAGAAUUAAGAUGCUCUGGUUUCAAGGAAAUGCCAUGCAAUUUGCCAGAUACUCCAUUGGAUUCCUCUUGAGAAAUCUUUCUGCUUCUAAAGUUCCUCUGCCUGUGUUAACUUUAUUCACAAAGGAUCCAUGUCCUCUUUGUGAUGAAGCCAAGAAAGUUCUGGAGCCUUAUAAAAAUAGGUUUAUUUUACAGGAGGUGGACAUCACACUUCCAGAAAACUCUGCUUGGUACGAAAGGUAUAAAUUUGACAUUCCAGUCUUUCAUUUGAAUGGCCAGUUUCUGAUGAUGCAUCGAGUAAACAUCUCAAAACUUGAAAAACAGCUUCAGAAACUUGAGCAAUGACAUGCUAGAAGCUGAUAAACACCCUCAUGAUUUUUCAACCUCCAUCCAGAAGGCAUCUUCCGAAGCAAAGGAUCAAGGCUUCAUAUUCCUUUUGUCACUUUCACACAGCCCUCAGAAUGUUCUGAACUCAAAAAGUGCCAAAUAAAUGUUGACACCUCUCUUCUGAAUGAUGAAAAUACCAAUGGGGGAUCAUUCACCUUUUAGAAUUUUAUACAAUAAGAGUAGCAUUUUGGCAGAAUGAGGAUGGAGGGCAAGAUAAGUCCAUUUUCUAAAUUUUUUCUUCCCUUUAGUAUUAAUUUGGAAGCAUUUCACAUACAUUGUACAAUGCUGUUGAUAGGAAGAACACUGCAUUCCUGCUGCUGCCCUGAGGGCUUAACUUUUUAAUAAAAGAAUAAAUGCUUUUACAUUCAGUAGAUAAAGUGAAAUGUGAAUUGUUAAUAACUAUUCAUUGUCAAUAAAGGGGUACUUUAACAAAUAUACCUGCAAAAAGACCAAUUUGGUGAAAUUAAAUAAUACCUGUUCAAAAUGAGAGCUUUUGGCGGGGGUUGAGGGGAUAAAAGAAUAAUUAUCCUGGCUUUAUUUGAGAACAACAAAGAUUUAAACAUGUCAAAUGUAUAUAAGAUUCUCAGAAUUCCUUGUAGUCAAAUUAUUAAUUGAUUUAUACUAUUUAAAUAUAGCCUUUGAUAGUUGUUCAGUUAUCAUCAUUUAACUCAACUUGUCAUAGGAUAAUAAUUUUAUGCACUUUUUUAGUAUCUGGAGGAAAUCACUUCUGACCAUAACUGAAGAGAUAUGUCUUCUAAAGACAAAAAAAAUUGUUUUUGAGCCACACCCAGCUAUACUCAAGUCUUCCUCAUGGGUUUGCCAUUAAGAAUCACUCCUGGGUCAUGAAUUUUGCGUAUAAGUGGAUCGGCAUGGAAAGUAUCAUGCUAAGUGAAAUGAAUCAGAAAGAGAGAGACAGACAUAGAAAGAUUGCACUCAUCUGUGAAAUAUAGAAUAACAGAGUAGGAGACUAACCCCAAGAAUAGAAGAAUAGUAGAAAUAAGUACCAGGAGGUUGACUCCAUGGCUUGGAAGCUGGCCUCACAUUCUGGGGAGAGGGCAACUCAGAGAAGGGAUCACCAAUUAUAAUGCGGUCUGAGGCCAAGCGGGGGAAGGGUGAUGCGGGCUGAAUGUAGACUAGAGACUGAACACAGUGGCCACUCAACACCUCUAUUGUGAACCACAACACCUAAUUAGAGAGAGAGAACAAAAGGAAAUGCCCUGCCACAGUGGCAGAGUGGGGUGUGGAGAGAUGAGAUUGGGGAGGGUAGGAGGGAUGUUGGGUUUACUUGUGGUGGAGAUUGGGCACUGGUGAAUAGAUGGGUUCUCAAACUUUGUAUGGGGGAAACAUGAGCACAAAAAUGUAUAAAUCUGUAACUGUACCCUCAUGGUGAUUCACUAAUUAAAAAUAAAUUAAUAAAAAAAAAGAAUCACACCUGGUGAGCUCAAAGAGAACCUGGGUCAACUGUGUGCAAGGCAAAUUCCUUACCUACUGUACCAUAUCUCUCUAGUCCCAAGACAAAAAAAAUUAACAAUUUUCUGUAAUAAAAAUAUAGUGUAUAGACUAUACUUUUAUAAAUAUACUACAUAUUUUUAUAAAUAUACUACUAUAUUUUAUAAAUAAACUAUAUUUGGGUUUAGUCAAUAAAAACAUGAAUUUAUUUCAUUAAAAAAUUGUCUUAAGGCCAGAUAGUGGGUAGGGCAUUUGCCUUCACACAGCCAACCUGGUUCAAUCCCCAACAUCCCAUUUGAUCUCCUGAGCUCUGCUAGGAGUAAUUCCUGAGUGCAGAGCCAGGAGUAACCCCUGAGUUUAGCUGGGUGUGAUCCAAAAACAAAACAAGCAAACAAACAAAAAACUGUGUUUGCCUCUUAAAAUUAUGUUUAUUGCAAUUCUAUCUCUAGUGAACUUAGUUGUGAACUAUUUCAAUGUAUUUGGAUAUUUUGAGUCACUUGGCUAAAUUUCAAUUGGAUACUAUAUAGUCUAAGAUAUUAUCUAAUAUCAGAGCUGACUGAUAUUAGACAUUAUCUAGUUCCACCUCCCUCCUUUUAUAAAAGGUAAAUAAUGCCAUUCAGUCCAAGGUCACACAACCUGUCAAAUGUGAGACCAGUUCUCACUACCCACUUGAUUAAAGUAUUACUGAAGGGCCAGAGCGACAAUACAGCAAGUAGGGAACUUGCCUUGCAUGAGGCCAACCUGGGUUCGAUACCCACCAUUCCUUAUAGUUCCCAGAGCCUUCCAGGUGUGUUCCCUGAAAGCAACCACGAGUAAUCCCUAAAUCCAAAAACUAAACAGAAAAAUCAAGUGUGACUAAAUCAGAAGUUUCAUUACACAAUCUCACAAAGAGAAUUCUCAGCUAUUCUAUACCUAAUACAAACUCAACAAAAAUGAGAAAUCUGCCCAAAUGAUAUUAGGAAAGAAUACAUUUCAAAUACUUAUAUAAGUAUUAAAUAUUUGUGCUAUUUAAAUAGUUAUAAUACAAUUAAUUCACAAAUAUAUAAAUACUUAGAAUACAUUAUAAGUUGAACUCUACAGUUGGCAAAAUUCUAUGAUGACACCAGUAAACACUCAUAUCAUUCUCUUCUUUGAUUAUUAGCAGAACUCAUGUGUAUUAUGCAAUAGCACUGCUGAGAUUAUGUUAUAUUAUUUGGCAAAAGAAAGAUUAUUCUGGGUGGGCCUGAUCUAAUCAGAAGAGCCCUUUCACAAUAAAGUUCUUAUAGUUAAUUGUGAAAGGGGAAACUAGAUUGAUGUGCUUCAUCUAACCCAGAGAAAAGCAAGUAUCAGUGUUGCUAACAGCAAUGGCACCUCAUGUCAAGAAAUGGAGUCACCUCUAGAAGCUCAGAGUACUUCUUAGCUGACAGCCAGCAGGAAAAUGGGGGCAUUUGUCCUAUAGCUUCAGAGAAACGAAUUCUAUCAACAACCAAUAAGCUUAGAAGAGAAUCCUGAGCCCCAGGUAAGAAUUAUAGCCCUGGUCAACACCUUGAUUUCAUGUCUUUGAGACGUAAUUAGAGAACCCAACUAUACCAUACCAUGCCUAGUUAUCUAAUACCAUGUCUAGGAACUGUGAGAUAAUAAUUAUUUGUUACUUCAGGAUACUAAGUUUGUGGUAAAUUGUCACACAGUGAUAGGAAAAUAAUAGAAGUUUCCAUGGCAAUAAAACAAUGUAGGUGGUAGGGGUACAAGCAUACCUUGUUUUACUGUGUUUUAUUGUGCUUUGCAGAUACUGCCUCUUUUUAAAAAACAAAUUGAAGUUUUAUGGUAAUUCUUCCUUAAAUCUCUCAGUACUAUUUUUCCAACGCAUGUGUUCAUUUUGUGCCUGUCACAUUUUAGAUAGUCUCACAAUAUUUCAGAUUUUCUCAUUUUUAUUAUUUCUAUCCUGGUGAUCUGUGGUCAGGGGUCUUUGAUGUUAGCAUUGGAAUGUUUUGGUACAGCACCACAAACUGCAGCCAAAGAGAAAAUAAAAUUGUUAACUGUUAUGUAUGUUCUGAAUGAUCAUUAACUGGUCAUGCAAUCUCUCUUCCUCUCCUCAGAACUCCCUUUUUUGUGAGAUAAAACAAUAUUGAAAUUAGGUCUCAACAAUGGCUCUAAAGAAAACCCUAUGAGGGCCUCUAAAUGUUUAAGUGAAAGGAAAUGUUGCACAUCUCUCACUUUAAAUCAAAAGCUGGAAAUGACUAAGCUUAGUGAGCAAGGCACUUUGAAAAUUGAGACAGAGUGAAAGCUGGGCCUCUGUGCCAUUCAUCUAAGUUGCAAAGGAAAAGUUCUUGAAGGAAAUUGAAAGCACUACUCCAGUGAACACAGGAGUGAUAAGAAAGUGAAAGUCUUUUUGCUGAUAUAGAAAAAGUUUCAGUUGUGUGGAUAGAAGAUUAAACCACCACAAACAUUCCUUUAAGUCAAAGCCUAAUCCAGAGGAGACUCUAACUCUUCAAUUCCUGAAAGCUGAGAGAAAUGAGGAAGCUGCAGAAGAGAAGAUUGAAGUCAGCAGAGGUUGGUUCAUGAGGUUUAAGGAAAGAAGCCAUCUCCAGAACAUCAAAGUGCAAAGUAAAACAGCAACUGCUGUUAGAGAAGCUGCAACAAGUUCUCCAAAAUGUCUAGUAAUAUCACUAGAUGAAUGUGGCUACACGAAACAAUAGAUGACAACACCAAAUAUACUAUCCGUGUAACAAAAAGUCUUCUAUUGGCAAAAGAUAUGAGAUAGGACUACCAUCGUUGAAGAAGAAACACCAGUGCCUAAAUUCAAAGGACAGAUUUACUCUUUUGUUAGAGUCUAAUGCAUUUGGUGACUUUAAAUUGAAGCCAAUUCUUGUAAUUUACCAUUCUGAAAAUUCUAGGGCCCUUAAGAAUUAUGCUAAACCUAC